AUGUCACCUGUGGUCAUCAGCCUCACAAGUCUGGUGUUCUUCUUCAUCCAGAGGAUCUGGGCACAAGUGGGUGGUCAGGACAAGCCCUCCCUAUCUGCCUGGCCAAGCCCCGUGGUUCCUCAAGGACAGCAUGUUACUCUUCAGUGUCACUCCCAUCACAAGUUUGACACAUUCAGACUGUACAAGAACAACAGCAUCUUCAUCUCCAAGCUCCACAGCACAAUAUUGCAGAGCACCUUCCUCAUUGGCCCUGUAACCCCAGCACAUGCGGGGACUUACAGAUGUUGUGGAUCCUAUCUCGGCUCCUCUUCUGUGUGGUCAGAACCCAGUGACCCCCUGGUGAUUGUGGUCACAGGAAUCUACAGAAAACCUUCUCUGUUAGCCCAGCCGGGUCCCCUGGUGAAAUCAGGAAGGAACUUGACCUUGCAUUGUUGCUCUGAGAUCGUGUUUGAAAGCUUCAUUCUUCACAGAGCAGGGGUAUCCAAGGACACUUUGUACCUUGCUGGUCAGCGCCAUCUUGGGGGCUCCUAUGCUAACUUCUCCAUGGCUCCUGUGACAGCUGCCCAUGCGGGGACCUAUAGGUGCUUCUGUUCUCUCAAUCACUCCUCCCAUGAGUGGUCUGCCCCCAGUGGGCCCCUGGACAUCAUGAUCACUGGUCUACACCAGAAACCUUCUCUCUGGGCCCAGCCGGGCACUGUGGUGAGGUCAGGAGAGAACGUGACCUUGUCCUGCUGCUCGGAGAGUUCCUUUGAUGUGUACCAUCUAUCCAGGGAUGGGCAGCCCCAUGAGCUCUGGCUUGCUAAGGGGCAGAGGCACGGUGGUGCAUCCCGGGCUGACUUCACUCUGGGCCCUGCACACCCAGCCCUGGGUGGGACCUACAGAUGCUACGGUUCUUUCAACCCCUCUCCCUACGAGUGGUCAGGCCCGAGUGACCCACUGUACCUUUCUGUCACAGGAAACUCUUCAAAUAGUUGCCUCCUAUCCACAAAACCAACCCCCCAAACUGGUAACCCCAGACACCUGCAUGUUCUGGCUGGACCCUUAGUGGCCAUCAUCUUCUUCGCUGUCCUUCUUUUCUUCCUCACUCGUCAGUGGUGCCCUGCCAAAGAGAAUGCUGCUAUAAUGAGCAGAGAGCCUGAGGUGGACAGAAUGGUGAGCAGGGAGGACCCUCAAGCAGAAGACCCACAGGAGGUGAUAUACACACAGUUGGAUCAUUGCAUUUUUAUGCAGAAAAAAACCACUCCCACUUCCUGGAGGCCCAAGGAACCCUUGCACAAUGACAGUGUGUACAUGGAACUUGCAACAUGCUGA